CGUUGCGUAGAUGUUUCUUGAAUAAUUACAUCGCUCCUAUGGGACUGGAUUCACAGGGCCAUGGCAACACGAAAGCAAUUUAUAUUGACGUCACUAAUAAUGCUGGCAUCCAAGAUGAUAGGGUGUGGCAUCUGUCAAAUGGAUGACUCCGAGUUGCUCGUCUUAUCUCGAAAAGUUCGAUAUGCCUUGUUUCCAGAUGCGAGCACCAUGGGGUUGUAUCUGGCCGUUGCUGUGCCCCUUGAAGAUGCCAGUUACAGCGUUUCGUUAUCCUGGAACUUCGAAGCUAAUUACCAGCUCCCAUCCAACUACACAGAACUAAUACUUCCGUUUGUACUGGCCGGUGCUUCACGAAGCGAGCGACAAUUCAGCAGGCGUAACGCCUAUCAAAUGGUAGAGAAAAGAUUUCGAAGUUACGGUUUGAAAGGCAGGGAGUGUCUCCUGAGAACUAUCUGCGAAGCAGCCGAAAGUCCAUUACGUCAUAACGGACUUAUGGGUGAUAUUCUGCACAUAAUUUUCACAGUGACGUCAGUGGCACUGCUAUCGGUGAAGAUCACCUGUCAACUUGAUGAGCACACUGACUUCGCCGUCCUUUCUAGGAAACUACGUUACAUCUUCUUCCCAGAAGGCUCAGUAAUGGGGAUGGUUUUAGCUGCAAGCAUUCCACUUCAAAGCAACAAGGAACUCUCCGAGACCUGGUUUAUGGAGGCAGCUUAUCACCUUCCAGAAUUUCCCUUCAAUGCAUCAGACAUAUUAGACAGUGUGAUGUCAUACAGAAUUUCCAGAGAUCUGAACAGGACUGGGUUAUACCACAUGCUGGAGAAAACGUUUCACAGGUUCGGAUUCGAUGGAAGAGAAUGCCUGUUAAGGACAAUCUGUGAAGUUACUGGAAAUUCGCUCUAUGAAAACAAGCAAAAUGGUUUGCUGGGAGAUCUGGUACAUAUCAUUUUCACUCCUUCAUCCUCUUUGGAUGAGACACUUCCUUUGCCUUUCAACACCGCAGAACAACUUGGAACAAAUGGUGAAGAUUGCCAACUUGCCUACUCAAAAUGUUCUUUUGGACUUUUGGACGCCAUCACCACACACAGAGACUAAUUACAUGGAAGCAGUAUGUGACUUACGGCUCCUACGAGUGAACAGCAUACUUACUGCCUUUUACCUGCAUGAUUAAAUAGAAGGCUAAACCUUUAUACAAAGAAAGUGACCACCAGUACUCCUGCUCUCUACUGAUGCUGUGUUCUCCCAAUCCUUCAUUUUAAAUCAGUCCACAAUAUUUUCUUUUCCUCACGCGUGCACAAUCAGGUCAUCUGGUUCUCUUCCAAUAUAGAAUAAAAUAGUGAAUGCUGUAGACCUUUGGUGAAUCUCCUAGACGUGAAAGGGGGCACGUGGUGGCGUAGUGGAUGAGGGGCUAUGCUACAAGCCGGAAGGCCGCGGGUUCAAGUCCCGUU